GGCAUGCACCAUCCAGUUUCUAUGGCAACUAAAGUGGCUACUGGGAUUAAAGAUGGAGUGGCCGGACGAGAGCAGCUCUUGGCUCAGCAAAGAAUGCACAGUAUGAUCAGCUCAGUGGAUGUGAAAUCAGAGGUUCCUAUGGGCCUGGAGCCCAUCUCACCUUUAGACCUAAGGACAGACCUCAGGAUGAUGAUGCCCGUGGUGGAUCCUGUCGUCCGUGAGAAGCAGCUGCAGCAGGAGCUGCUUCUCAUCCAACAGCAGCAACAAAUCCAGAAGCAGCUGCUCAUCGCGGAGUUUCAGAAGCAGCAUGAGAACUUGACACGGCAGCAUCAGGCACAGCUGCAGGAGCACAUCAAGUUGCAACAGGAACUUCUAGCCAUAAAACAACAGCAAGAACUCCUAGAAAAGGAGCAGAAGCUGGAGCAGCAGAGGCAAGAACAGGAAGUAGAGAGGCAUCGCAGAGAGCAGCAGCUUCCUCCUCUCAGAGGCAAAGAUAGAGGACGAGAAAGGGCAGUGGCAAGCACAGAGGUAAAGCAGAAGCUUCAAGAAUUCCUGUUGAGUAAAUCAGCAACAAAAGACACUCCAACCAAUGGAAAGAAUCAUUCCGCGAGUCGCCAUCCCAAGCUCUGGUACACGGCCGCUCACCACACCUCACUGGAUCAAAGCUCUCCACCUCUCAGUGGGACAUCUCCAUCGUACAAGUACACGUUACCAGGAGCCCAAGACGCCAAGGACGAUUUCCCCCUGAGAAAAACAGCCUCAGAGCCCAACUUGAAGGUGCGGUCCAGGUUAAAACAGAAAGUGGCAGAGAGGAGAAGCAGCCCCUUACUCAGGCGGAAGGAUGGAAAUGUUGUCACUUCAUUCAAGAAGAGAGUGUUUGAGGUGACAGAAUCCUCAGUCAGUAGCAGCUCUCCAGGGUCUGGCCCCAGUUCACCAAACAAUGGGCCCGCCGGAAAUGUCCCCGAAAAUGAGGCUUCAGUUAUGCCUCCCACGCCUGAGCAGCUGGCUCCGCAGCAACGCAUUCUAAUUCGCGAAGAUUCCAUGAACCUGAUCAGCCUCUACGCCUCGCCCUCCCUGCCCAAUAUCACUCUGGGACUUCCAGCUGUGUCGUCCCCACUCAAUGCUUCUAAUUCACUCAAGGAAAAGCAGAAGUCGGAGACACAGAUCCUCAGGCAAGGCGUCCCUUUGCCUGGCCAGUACAGCGGUGGCAUUGCCGCACCCUCCAGCCAUGCUCAUGUAGCGAUGGAGGGGAAACCCAACAGCAGCCACCAAGCUCUCCUGCAGCACCUACUGUUGAAGGAACAAAUGCGGCAGCAGAAGCUCCUUGUGACUGGUGGAGUUCCCUUACACCCUCAGUCUCCCUUGGCAACGAAAGAAAGAAUUUCACCAGGUAUUAGAGGUACCCACAAACUGCCCCGUCACCGACCCCUGAAUCGAACCCAGUCUGCACCUUUGCCUCAGAGCACGCUGGCUCAGCUGGUCAUUCAGCAGCAACACCAGCAGUUCCUGGAAAAGCAGAAGCAGUACCAGCAGCAGAUCCACAUGAACAAACUGCUCUCGAAAUCUAUUGAACAACUGAAGCAACCAGGCAGCCAUCUUGAAGAAGCGGAGGAGGAGCUUCAGGGGGACCAGGCCAUGGAAGACAGAGCGACCCCUAGCGAGCACAGCACUGGGAGCAGCCGUGCUUGUGUGGAGGACACACUAGGACAAGUUGGGGCUGUGAAGGUCAAGGAGGAGCCAGUGGACAGCGAUGAAGAUGCUCAGAUACAGGAAAUGGAAUGUGGGGAGCAGGCUGCUUAUAUGCAACAGCCUCCCUUGCUGGAGUCCUCACACACACGUGGGCUCUCGGUGCACCAGGCUCGGCUAGCUGCGGUUGGCAUCGAUGGAUCAGAGAAGCAUGGCCUCCUCUCCAGGACCCAUUCCUCCCCCGCAGCCUCUAUGUUACCUCACUCAACAGCAGACUGUCCCCGCCAGCCUGCCUCUACCACUGGGAUUGCCUACGACCCUCUGAUGCUGAAACACCAGUGCAUCUGUGGCAAUUCCACCACCCACCCCGAGCACGCUGGGCGGAUACAGAGCAUCUGGUCACGGCUGCAAGAAACCGGGCUGCUAAAUAAAUGUGAGCGAAUUCAAGGUCGAAAAGCCAGCCUGGAGGAAAUACAGCUUGUUCACUCUGAACAUCACUCGUUGCUGUACGGCACCAGCCCCCUGGACGGGCAGAAGCUGGACUCCCGGACACUCUUAGGUGACGACUCCCGAAAGUUCUUUUCCUCGUUGCCUUGUGGUGGACUUGGGGUGGACAGUGACACCAUUUGGAACGAGCUGUACUCGUCCGGUGCUGCACGCAUGGCUGUUGGCUGUGUCAUUGAGCUGGCUUCCAAAGUGGCCUCAGGAGAGCUGAAGAAUGGGUUUGCUGUUGUGAGGCCCCCAGGCCAUCAUGCUGAAGAGUCUGCUGCCAUGGGGUUCUGCUUUUUUAAUUCAGUUGCAAUUACCGCCAAAUACUUGAGAGACCAACUCAAUAUGAACAAGAUAUUGAUUGUAGAUCUGGACGUUCACCAUGGCAACGGUACACAGCAGGCCUUUUAUGCUGACCCCAGCGUCCUGUACAUUUCUCUCCACCGCUAUGAUGAAGGAAACUUUUUCCCCGGCAGUGGAGCCCCGAAUGAGGUUGGAGUAGGCCUGGGAGAAGGCUUCAACAUCAACAUUGCCUGGACAGGUGGCCUUGACCCCCCCAUGGGAGAUGUUGAGUACCUCGAAGCCUUCAGGACCGUCGUGAUGCCCGUGGCCAAAGAGUUUGAUCCAGACAUGGUCCUGGUGUCUGCAGGAUUUGAUGCGUUGGAAGGCCACACCCCUCCCCUAGGAGGUUACAAAGUGACAGCAAAAUGCUUUGGUCACUUGACAAAGCAGCUGAUGACGUUGGCCGACGGACGUGUGGCCUUGGCUCUAGAGGGAGGCCAUGAUCUGACAGCCAUCUGUGACGCGUCUGAAGCCUGCAUAAACGCCCUUCUAGGAAAUGAGCUCGGGCCCCUUGAGGAAGAUGUCCUCCGCCAGACGCCGAACACAAAUGCUGCCGCUUCCUUACAGAGGAUCACUGAAAUCCAAAGCAAGUACUGGAAGUCGAUCAAGAUGGUGGCUGUUGCGAGGGGCUGUGCUUUGCCUGGUUCUCAGCUGCAAGAGGAGUCGGAGACCGUGUCUGCACUAGCCUCUCUGACAGUCGAUGUGGAACAGCCGUUUGCUCAGGAAGAUGGCAGAACUGCUGGUGAGCCCAUGGAGGAGGAACCAGCCCUGUGAAGUGCCAAGUCUUCCCCGAUAUUUCCUGUGUGUGACAUCAUUGUGUAUCCCCACCCCCAGCCCCAGCACCCUCAGACACGUCUGCUGCUUGGGUGGCACGGUUUGAUGGAACGUAAACACUGGGCAUCAGGUUCUGAACAGCAGCUUCACUUGUUCUUUGGAUGGACUUGAAAGGGCAAUGCAGAUUCCUGAAACUAAACCACUGUGAGUCUAAAGUUACAGUAACCAGGAUUGGAAGAAACUGCUCCCCGCGUGCAUUUAUGCUGGAAAUCCCACUCCCAGACACGGUGUGAGCUAGAAACCUUCAGUGCAGCACUAGUUGAAUACUGUCCGUUUCAGAAGCUAGGACAGCCAUCUUCAUUCCUGACAUCGUCAUCAGUGUUUUAUUGUGUAGUUUACUGUCAAGUAGACUUAAAUUGUUUCUUUUCAGCUAUGAUGGGAAUUACAGACAGAUUGCUGUGGGCUGCAGGGAUUUUCUUCUUUUGUUUUGUUUUGGAUUUUUUUUUUCUGUGUUCUAACACACUUCCAUCCUUCCUGGUAAGAGUUCAAGAUGGAGCUGGGAUGAGGCUUUGUUCUAGUGGGGAAAAAAAUCACAGUGUAUUUGGCAGUCCAAAUGGAACUUGCACACCGUGCCUACCAUGUGCCAUGGGACAGUAUUUUGUGUCCUUUUGUCUGUUUCAAGUUCUCACAGAUUAUGGAUUUGUCUCUUCCACCGCAUGCACCUCCAUCUAGAGGACCACGGCUGUGGCAGUGCAUCUCUGGGCAGAUGUGCAGUCUGUGAAAAGCACAGACCUCAGGCGCUGUGGUUUGCACCACAUCUUUCCAGCACACCUCUCGCCUUUCUCCAUCCGCUGCUUCCUCUAGAGAAAUCACCCACAGCCUCCCCGUCCUCAGGGGAGCUUAGCGUUUGGUUUCUACCGUUUACCUUUCAGGCUAACCCACUUUGUUAUCCGAUUCUGCACACGGCUCAAGCGAUGCCACUGAGUGUUCCAGGUCGUAGGGACGCAUUACUGAGGAUGGCAGUGAUCUGAAGUCCCUGUGGAUGGGCUAAGGUGGGAGCUGUGUCUGCACAUGGAAACUCACCCAGAACUCCACCAUUGCACAGCCUGCCUUUCUAGCAAAGGUUCAAAAUAAAGGACAUUUAUUUCUGAGAUUAAAAACAGCUUACUAAGUAAAAUAGAAGCAAAUUAGUCGCUGCCUCUGAAAAAUGCAUUUCAGUGCAUAACUCAAACACCUAAGACACUGAGGUAGAAUAGCUCACAUAUUUAAUAUCUGACAAUGCUUUUGAACAUUGAUGUUUCUUUUUAUAUAUUUUCCUAACUCAAAGGAUAUAUUAAAGCCAUAAGUGAAGAUUGUCAUGCUUUUAUUCAGAAAUCUGAAAGAAACCUUAAUUAAAACAAGGUUUUAGGGAAGGCCAAGAUCUGAAAGACAUGGAACAAUGUGGUUUUAGUUACGGAGGACUCCAACCUGUAAAUCAAAGAUGAAAGAUCUCACUCACGUAGAAUUACAUAACUCCCCUUUGUUAUACACUCAGGCCACAUUUUUCAUGCAUUUGGUUUUUUUAGGAUUACCAUUUUAAUUUUAAAGACUUUUAUUACAUAUACAAAAAUGGCUCGGUACUUGAUUUAACAUCUUAGAAAUUUGAGAUACCCUUUGAAAUAGGAAAUCUGAAAUGGAAUGUAACUCAGUAUUAGGUAAAAAUGACUUCCAUUGCAUAAGGGUUAAGUCAAUCUAGACUCAUGAUUAUAAUAAAUGUUUUCUAAAUUCCAUUUUCUUGAUGUUUUAGAGAAAUUCCUGCCAAUUAUAUUUGCUAACUACUUUUUUAAUUUUCUUUUUCUUUUCCUUUUUCCCCCCUUGGUAAUUGAGAAAAUUUAUUUAAAGAAAAACAAAGGCUUAAAGGCUUACAAAGAAGACCUCACUUUAAAAGAGGGAAAGUUAUCAUACUUCAAAAAGCUCUGUAAUUGUGAACCUUUAAAACCAACUUCAGAGUUACACGUCCCUGUCACUGCGAAUCUAUACUAGAUGCUGGGUAAUGAGACAAAACAAGGCAGCGCAAGUUUAUUAAUUCACCGAUCUCCCUGCCACCGCAUGGCCUCGGAAGGUGGCUUCUCCACUGCUCUUCCUGCUACCGCAGGGCCUUGGAAGGUGGCUUCUCAGUCUGCUGAAGCCAAGUCACUAGGACAUCUGUGGUAGUUUAGAUUAUUUAAAUACUUAAUAAAGAACUAAUCACACUCUUCCUCCCCGCUGUGUAACAACACACCUAAUUCAUUUAAAUGCAGAUUAUUAGGAUCCCGAGAGCAGACACACCCUGGUGGGGAAUGACACAAGUGAAGGUAGCUUUGUGGGCUGAGAGGUUCUACACCUGAUUGCACGCACCCUUACACGAGGAAGUGUGGCCCCAGAGGGCACCCUUACACGAGGAAGUGUGGCCCCGGAGGGCACCCUUACACGAGGAAGUGUGGCCCCGGAGGGCAGAGAGCACCAGUGUUUCUUCUGAAGCUAACCACACUUUCAGUCCAACUGGUAUAUUUUUCUUCACCUACACUUUAGUUUUUAUUGUUCCCAGUGGUCCCCAAUGAAAGGCUAAUGGAGACACAUUAUGGCUCCUGGGGCUCAUUCUGACCCACCCUUUGAAAGACGACCCCAUGAAUUCCCUCACAGUCCAGCACAACACACACGUUGAAAUAAAAUAAUUUUUGAGAAAUACAUGAGUAAAAAAUACUAAGUUUAAAUAAUAGAAACAAAGCAAAAUAUAAUCAGUUUUGUUUUCUAUAUAAUUGGACGUUUUAUUUUUGACUGCAGUAAGCAACCCUAGUAAGGACUGAGCAGGUAUGAAUAUCAAUGAAAAUUUAGACUAGCAAAUGAAGAAAUAUUAGAAGGGAAAUAUUUUUAAAUAUUUUAUCUAAUUUGUAAUAUCCAGACAGGAGAGAGAACUCGGAUUUUGGAGAUAAUAAAUAUAUUUGUUUAAAAACUCCCACAAGUGACAUUUCUACACACACACAGUGCUAGGAUCAGAAACGGUGCCUUCAGUGUGCACUACGACCCACUAGGGACACUUUCAUUCAUCCAACUGAAAACACAGUGGCCUUGAAAAUGGGGCGUUUCCUCUCUCGAAGAUUUCAAAAACUGUGGGACUAGUCUCUCCCAAUAGGUCAGACCUGUUUUAUUUCUAGAGGUCAAUCGUGAAGCUUUGAGAAUGUACUGAUAUCUUUACGGACUCCACAUGGGAGCUUGUGAGAAUGGUCCUGAGGGUCGGCUGGAGGAGACCGCCUCCCCGCUCAGCACUUUUAAACUCGCUUUAUUUGAUUCUGGCACUUUGCUAUUAAGGCGAUUUAUUAAGAUUUCUUUUUCUUUUUUUAACUAUUUCUCUCUCAAAAUUUUUUGUCUAUGAAUUUCAGUGGAAGCAAGUGUUAAAACUCAGCAGCCUGCCUGGAAAGAAGCCAAAAGUUUGUCUCCUAAGAAAUGAUUCAUUCUGAGCUUGAACUCGCUGCUCCGUCUAAGUGUGACAUUGUCUUUCCUAGUCUUAUCUGUCUCAAUAUUCUCCUCCUGCUUUUGGAAAUGAAAUCAUGUGCUCGCUAAGACACACACACACACACACACACACACACAGAGAGAGAGAGAGAGAGAGAGAGAGAGAGAGAGAGAGAAUGCAAAUGGCACACUUGUAGCCCUACUUCAAUAAAGAUGACAUUUUUACCUCCAAAAGAAACAAAAGGCAAAUUAUCUGAGGUGGAGAAGAAAGGCUUUCCGUUAUCUCAAGGACAGCCAGUGCUGUGGUCACGCUCACCAUCAGCUCUCUGUGUUCAUGUUAUAAAUACCCAAGACUAUAGAAUUGUACAGUCACACAGUACAUAUAUGUUCUAUCUAUAACAUUCCUACCUGGUCUCAUGAUGUAUCUAUCUACAGGAAUGAGUGUGUCCAUUGUUAGUAAGUAUGUUGGAAGUAACACCAUCAGACAAAUCUUAGACCACAAAUCUGAGGCUAGCUGGACUGUAUCUCAAUGAUAAGGUAUUAUAGUGGUUAUAAUUUAUCAACCGUCUUAAGUCUCAAACUAGAAAAGCUAGCAAAUAUAUAAUAUGCUAUAUAGUGCUAAUAUUUCUAACCAAUGAUUUCCUUUCCCCUAACUGUUUCCCUUGCUUCCUUGCCAAUGGCAAAUUGGCAUAUCUACACAAUCAGAGUUUCUGAAUUCUCCCUACCUUAUGUUUCCUAAGCAGAAACAACCCUGCAAAUUUCUCUUCUGAGACCCCACUUGGCAUGUGUGUCUGCAGGCAUUUUAUCUAAACCCAGCCUUAUAGUCUUGAUUGUGUUGUUUACGUAUACCUUAUCGAAAGAUACCUGUCUUAGCUAGCUUUAUCUAAAAGCAUACCAAGCUUUAAUUUAUUCUGUACUUGGGGGCUUGCCACUUCCUUUUAUUAAUGCAGAAUUUUAUUUUUGGUCAAUUAUCGCCCACCAUUUUUGCUACUAUCCAGUUGGGUAAUAUUGGUUAUCAGACAGGGAAGAUUUUUCACACUCCCCAUGCCCUUCAGAAGACACUUACGUGAGGCAAACCAUCAAGUGCACAUGACCACCUUAAGUAAGAAUAGCAAAGGAGAAACUGGAAAACUAUAUAUUUUGGAAAUAAAAAUAUCUGACACGUGAAAUAGAAAAUGGACUCCUUUAAUUUUCUUGUUUGGUCCUUCUGCACGUACAGGCACAAACAAUGCUACGUGUAUGUGGUCAGUUGUCUCCAGGGAUACCGUGGUCAGGUCGCUGGCCCUCUAUAGGACAUGGCAUUUGUAACAAUGACAAAACUGUCACAGGAGUGUCUGGAUUGAGCUCUUUGUUGGUUAACAUUUAGUAGAAAUGGAAUAAUAAAAACCACAAAAGAACGAAAAGUUUUGUACUCUGAAGAGGAAUGUUACUUCCGUGUGUAUGCAAAGGCUAUUUUUAGAAUGGAAAAAGCUCCUUCUCUCUUGCUAAACUGUAAGAUUCUCAGACUCUCUUUGGGUGGCUCUGCCAGUGUAGAUCUUCACAGAAGCUGGGUGAGAUGACAUUGUCCUUUCAGGGAUGACUGGGCUCAGCGAGUGUGCUGUUGCCCUUCAUUGGCAACCCGUGUCAUUCGAGACAAACAACCUGAUGUUGUAAAUCAGCUGGGAAGUCCAGGCAAACAAGUUCAUCACUGUUUUGGUUAAGCGCUAGACGAUGAUUAUUGGAGCGAGUGCAGAUGAUGGGGACUUUGAUUUCUGUCACGCGAAUGUGUCUUUUGUAUUGUGGUCUUGUAUCUGUUACUGUAAUAAGGUCAGUUGCUUGUCCUCUGUGACCAAGUAGUUUUGCCCUUAAUUUUUCGGCUUUCAUCAAAAUCUGUCAUCCGGAACUGCUAAGAAAAGUAUACACAUAGUCAAACAUGAAGUCGUUCUGCCAGUGGUGCGUCCCCACGUGUGCAAGAUAAUUCCCUAAUAAAGGUUCAGCAGCUGAUUACGGCACCAUUGUUGAACACGCUUUCAGAGUGUUCCUUCUCCCUGCUUCCUAGUCUUUUGGAUUUGAAAACACAAUAUUAUUCUCCAAAGGAUUGUUGAUGUUGUUAGUGUCAACACUCCUUAAAAAGAAUAACGAUGCCCAUUUUGUCUUCUGUUUUUUACUGAUUAGAUUUUCCUCUAGUCCUAUGUGAAUAAAAGCUAUUUGAAAUAAAUGUGUCCUCAAGUUUCUACAUCCUAGGUGCCUGCCCUUGGGCUCUGUAUCACAGAUAAUCACAAAUACAUGACAUUUUGUGAUAAACAACUAUAACUAAUUGUGAGAUAUGAUGAUAUACACUAUUCUACCUUUCGGAACUCUGGAAAUUUGAGGCCAGAGAUAUGGCUUGGUAGUUAGGAGCACUGGCUGCUCCUGCAGAGGGCCCAGGUUCAUCUCCCAGGACCAACAUAGCAACUCACAACUAUCUGUAGCUCGAGUUCCAGGGCAUCUGAUACGCUCUUCUUGCCUUUACAGGCCCCUGGCACAAACAUGGUAUAUACCAUACAUGCAGGUAAUACACUCACAAAUAUAAAAUGAAAAUUAAUCCUUUUAAAUUUAAAGAUUGGAUAUGUUUGCUUCCAAGUAUUUCUUUGGAUGAAAUGAAAAUUCACAACAUAAAAAAAAAUUGUAAAUCAAAACAUAGUUACUAGCUGACUUGCUAGUGCAUGCCUGUAGUCCCAGAGCUUUGGAAGCUGAGACAGACAAGACGGUUGCCACAAGUUCAAGGACAACCUGGCUACUUAGUGAGUUUCAAGUCAGCUUGGACUGUAGUGGGAGACCCCGUCUCAAACAAGUUACAGUUACUGGUUUGAUCAUAGUUUGCUUUUGCUUGUCAGGAGAAAGGGCAAUAAGUUCUGCCGAAUGCAUGUUCCUCUACAGAAUGCUAUAGUAGAAUUCUCUUUAUCACAUGACUCUUGUACCACAUAGGCUAUUUACAGAUGAGAAUGAAUAUAAUUCACUCACCAUUGUUAUAGUCAGUAAGAGAUGCCUACAUCUUUCUAGCUUUAAAAAGCCUAUGCUCUUUCCAAAUGUCCUGUACUGCCCAUACAAGAGGACACACUGUGCGUAUUUCAACUAAAAAUCUAUGCCUAACCUCUUGGAUGGGCUGUAUGCUCAGCCUCUGAUAACCUGGGCGGGGGGUUAUUAAAUUGUGGAGUUAAAUGGAUCUGGUCAUCAUGGCUAGAUUAGUAGAGUAUAAAACAAUUAUUUUUCACCGUAUGCCUCAUCGUACUUUAACCAAGACAAGAACUCUAAAUUGUCUUUGGAACACACAUUACAAAUCUUUUGAAAUUUAGGUCAGGACCAACACUUAUUUUUGUAUUUUACAACCCCCUGCAAUAUUUAACAUUCUAAAACAUAACUGUUUCCAAUGGACAGUGGUUUGGGUUCCUUCUGGGAAAGAAUAGGCGUAUUUUGUCUAAGAAAAUGUAAACUUGAGAUGGACUAUGUGAGUCGAGUGGAUUUCAAUGGUAAACACCUUUGUCCUAAUCAGAUUUGUCAAAAAGCAAAUGUUACUUCAUGGUUGUCUGUUUUUUAAGUUUCUAUGGUGAAAGAAACAGCAGAAUGUAAGCGGAAAGAUAAGGCUGGGUGUCUGGUUCGCCUAAGGAGCAAGCGUAGUCUAAAUCUCAAAGCAUGUCUUUCACUUCUCAACACGUUUGUACUUUCAAACCUUGUCAUUCCCUUCAGAACCGUGGUACCAGUGUCCUGGCUGAUCACAAACAAUCCCUCUAUGCGUAUCUUUGUAAUUAUUCUGUAAAAACAGAGAAUUCUCCUGGCGAGUAUCUCAAGAAUAGGGAAGCAAGACUCAGGAAAAGAGACCAAGAAAUGUUCUUUGUAGAAGACAAUAGGAAGUACGAGAACUGAAAAGAGGAGAAAAGAUUUAAAGUUCUCAGUAUGUCUAAAAACGAAGAAACCCCAUUGAACUCCAUAUUGAAAGAGUUUGCAGUGUAAUAAGAUAGAGCAUAAGCCCGCUUAUGUAUCUCCUUUAAUUGUUUUGUAAGAAAUAAGGCUUAAAAUUAAAAUUUAUUAUGUCACACUUCAGCUUUCAUGAUGAGAUUUUCCCUUUCUGUAUCCCCUUAUUUUAUUUUUGUUUGUCUUAUUCUGGGGGAGAAGGGAGAUGGAUGGAAUCAGGGGUCUUGAUGUCAAAGACACAAAGAGUGAAUGAAAAGAAAGUUAAAAAAUAAUCACAAGGGUUAAAAUCUUAAGAUGUGAUCACAGAGAAUCCUUUCAUGACAUAAUAAAAGCAAAUAUGUGGAUAUUUUUAACAUGGUGAUAUUAUGUUUAUGAUUUAUUUCCAAUUCUAAAAUUUUAUA